CACACACCUCACACUGCUCAGCCAUCGACCAGCCGCCUCAUCAUCGAUUUCAUCACUGAACAUCGCGCCUACCAUCAAAACAUCAUUCAAUACAUCACUCAAGUCAUCUACAAUGGCCCGCACUAAGCAGACUGCCCGUAAGUCCACCGGUGGCAAGGCCCCGCGAAAGCAGCUCGCCUCUAAGGCCGCCCGCAAGAGCGCGCCGUCGACCGGUGGUGUCAAGAAGCCUCACCGCUACAAGCCCGGUACCGUCGCUCUUCGUGAGAUCCGCCGCUACCAGAAGUCCACUGAGCUUCUGAUCCGCAAGCUGCCCUUCCAGCGACUUGUUCGUGAGAUUGCCCAGGACUUCAAGUCCGACCUCCGGUUCCAGUCUUCGGCCAUCGGUGCUCUCCAGGAGUCGGUUGAGUCAUACCUCGUCUCUCUCUUCGAGGACACCAACCUCUGCGCCAUCCACGCUAAGCGUGUCACCAUCCAAUCGAAGGAUAUCCAGCUCGCUCGUCGCCUCCGGGGUGAGCGCAACUAAGACAUGAUUUUUGCGAUGGCUUCACAUGGGGUUUAUUGGGUGUGGUCAUGACUUCUACAUCUGGGAUCCUAGUUUGUCGGCGGUUCACCACGGGAAAGGGGAUAACACGGCGUUUAAUGAUGCGUUGCUUUACAUGCUGGUCUGUACAUUACUCUGCAGCUUAGGGAUGCUGCCAAUGCUGAACGCCGGUUUAUGAUCAUAACCUGGGCCAUCAGAACCUGCCCGUGACAUGCCUAAAGUGCCACU